AUGCAUCCAGCAACCCUCCUGCUACUCGCCAUCCCUGCCGUGGCCCAGCCAAGCGCCUCCAAGUUCAAACGAGACUGUAUCGGCCCAGACGUCAACGAAGCAACCAUCUCCCUGAUCAAGCACUUCGAAGGUUUCGUUCCUCGCCCUGCUCCAGACCCCAUCGGCCUGCCAACAGUUGGAUAUGGCCAUGCCUGCCGCACGAAGGGGUGCGCUGAGGUUCCCUUCCCUUUCCCCCUGACCGAAGACACGGCCACUGAACUUCUCAUGCAGGACGUCAAGAGUUUCCAACAGUCAAUCACGCUGUCUACUACUGACGAAGUGGUUCUGAACGCCAACGAGUACGGCGCUCUGGUGUCAUGGGCUUUCAACAUCGGUGGAGGCGCAGCCAAGAAGUCUUCGCUCAUCCGUCGGCUCAACCAGGGCCAGGACGUCAAUACGGUGCUCAGAGAGGAGUUGCCGCUGUGGAACAAGGCGGGUGGAAAGGUGCUUCCUGGUCUGGUUAGGCGUAGGGCUGCGGAAGUUGAGCUGGCUUCGGAGCAUACCGAUGAGCCUGCGUUGCCUGUGGACUGCUAG